AACUACUAACAACAUCAUUCAGUCUUGUUUAGACUUGUACUUGCUCCUGUGACUCCAUCGUGACACUUCAGCGUAGAUUCCAGGGAACCAGGCUGACCACGGCCCGCGACAUCGACAAUCUAUUCCUCCGCGCCAGCGCGAACACCGAAACGCUCGCUCAUAGGGAAAAUGGUUGUGUCGUCCGAGGCACUCGCCCUUCCUCGCCUGCUCUUUCUGCACGGCGGCGGCGUAAACGCCUUCAUCUACGAAACGCAGUGCCGCACACUCCUUCCUCUCCUCCGGCAGCACUUCCGAUGCGUCUUCGUCGACGCACCCUUCCUCUGCCCCCCGCACCCAGACAUCGUCACAGUCUAUGGCGAACACGGCCCGUUCCGUCGCUGGCUCCGGUGGAAAGAGGAGCACGCGCCGGUUCAUGUAGAGAGUGCCCUGGAAGAGAUCACAUAUAGUCUACGGUGUGCCAUCGAAGACGACAAUCGGCAAGGUGCAACCGGAGAGUGGGUUGGACUUGUAGGCUUUAGCCAGGGCGCAAAGAUGGCGGCGAGUAUGCUCUUGGAGCAGCAAACGCGGGAGGCGCAGUUAUCGGCUGGUAAAGGCGUGGGGACGUGCGGUGUGGAGGGUGUGAGGUGGAGGUUCGGGGUCCUUAUGGCUGGAAGGGCGCCCCCGGUUGUGCUGGAUCCGGCAAGACAAACAGGCAAAUCACUACACACCGUUGACGCCGUUACUGAUGGAGCUAUAAAAGCAAAUGAGGGGGUCGAUAAAGAGGCGAGGAUUAAGCUACCAACUUUCCAUAUACAUGGGCUGCAGGAUCCUGGCCUGUACUUGCAUCGGAUGCUAUACAAGGAGUACUGCGAAGAGAGUAGCAGGAAGCUCAUGGAAUGGGAGGGAGCACACAGAAUUCCGCUCAAGACUGCUGAUGUCACAGAAGCUGCCCAAGGCAUCUUGGACAUCGCCCGAGCGACAGGGGCUUUGAGCCAGCCAUAGACGGGACCGAGUUUGCAUAGAAUAUAGACAUACAUAGAGCGGUUGGUACUCA